ACAGGAAUCUACGCGGCGGCGUGUUUAAUAAUGAUGGCGGUUGUGUUGAAGAUAUUGGUGGCGCUAUGGUGGCGUCCGAGGAAGAUUGAAGAACACUUUGCCAAACAAGGCAUAAGAGGUCCUCCAUAUAAUUUCCUCUUAGGCAAUGCAAAGGAAAUCCUAAGUCUCAUGUCUAAAUCUUCAUCUCAACCCAUGCCUACUUUUUCCCAUAACAUUCUCCCAAGAGUUCUUUCCUUUUAUCACCAUUGGAAGAAAAUCUACGGUGGGAUGUUCUUAAUAUGGUUUGGGCCAACUGUGCGGUUAACCAUCUCUGAUCCGGACCUAAUCCGUGAAAUCUUCAUUUCUAAGUCGGAAUUAUUUGAAAAAAUAGAAGCUCACCCGGUCUUUAAGCAACUCGAGGGCGAUGGAUUGUUGAACCUUAAUGGAGAAAAAUGGUCUCACCAUAGGAAAAUCACAACUCCAGCAUUUAACAUCGAGAAUAUUAAAUUGUUGGUACCGAUGGUGGUGAAAUGUGUGAAUCAAAUGUUGGAUAGAUGGAUCGCGAUGUCAAAUUCAGAUGAAAUAGAAAUUGAAGUUUCGGAAUGUUACCAAACUUUAACCAAAGAUGUUAUCGCGAGGACUACUUUUGGUUGUAGCUACGACGAAGGUGAAGUCAUAUUUCGAUUGCAAGCUCAACAAAUGGUUUAUGUGGCUGAUGCCCUUAAGAAUGUCACGUUUCCCAUUUCCAGGUUUUUACCCACUAAGAAAAACAUGAGAGCAUGGAAAUUGGACAAGGAAAUUAAUAGAUCACUAGAAAAUGUUAUAAAAAAGAGGAUGCAUAAUUGGAGAGAAGAUGAGCUUGAUCAGAAAGAUCUUUUGGGCUUAAUGGUUCAAGCCACGUUGGGUUCGAAAGAAGGUUUGGAGCCCAAAAUAACGGUUCAUGACAUAGCCGAGGAGUGCAAGAACUUCUUCUUCGCCGGGGAACAAACGACGACAAAUUUAUUGACGUGGACAACCAUAUUGUUAGCGAUGCAUCCGCAAUGGCAGCUCAUGGCACGUGAUGAGGUGUUCAAGGUGUGUGGGUCUAGUGAUGUUCCUUCCAAAGAUGACAUCUCCAAGUUCAAGAUACUGAACAUGGUAAUCAAUGAAUCCUUAAGGCUUUAUCCAUCGGUGGUUGCAACAAUCAGACGGUCAAGAUCUAAUGUAGAGCUAGGAGGAUACAAGAUUCCGAGUGGGACCGAGCUCCUAAUCCCCAUCUUAGCCAUCCAUCACGAUCAAGCAAUAUGGGGUCAUGAUGCAAAUGAAUUCAACCCUGCCCGGUUCUCGGGCGGUGUGGCCCGGGCAACGAAACACCCUUUGGGUUUUAUUCCUUUUGGCCUCGGAAUUCGCACUUGCAUCGGUCAAAACCUAGUUAUGCUACAAACAAAAUUGACACUCGCGAUCAUACUUCAACGAUUCUCCUUUACUAUUUCCCCCAAAUACAAACAUGCUCCAACCGUCUUGAUGAUCCUCCACCCGCAACAUGGAGCUCCAAUUAUUUUUCGACGUUUGUAAACAACUCAUCUUU